GGUGACAUUUGGGCGGAGGCCUGCUUGGACACACACACACACACACACACACACACUGUUUCGGUGGUGUUGAAGAGGAAAACCUGCAGCAUGGAUGAGGAGUAUGAUGUGAUAGUUUUGGGAACCGGACUCACGGAGUGCAUCCUGUCCGGGAUCAUGUCUGUUAACGGAAAGAAGGUUCUGCACAUGGACAGGAACCCGUACUACGGCGGUGAGAGCUCCUCCAUCACGCCGCUGGAGGAGCUCUACAAGCACUUUGGUCUCCCUGACGCUCCGCCCGAGUCCAUGGGCCGAGGACGAGACUGGAACGUCGACCUCAUUCCCAAAUUCCUGAUGGCGAACGGUCAGCUGGUGAAGAUGCUGCUCUACACAGAAGUGACUCGAUAUCUGGACUUUAAAGUGAUCGAGGGAAGUUUCGUCUAUAAAGGAGGAAAAAUCUACAAGGUUCCGUCGACGGAGUCCGAGGCGCUCGCUUCCAAUCUCAUGGGCAUGUUCGAGAAGAGAAGAUUCCGCAAGUUCCUGGUUUUCGUAGCCAACUUUGACGAGAAUGACCCCAAGACCUUCGAGGGCAUGGACCCCAGGAGCACCACCAUGCGCGACGUCUAUAAGAAGUUUGACCUGGGGCAGGACGUGAUCGAUUUCACGGGCCACGCCCUGGCGCUCUACAGGACGGACGAGUAUCUGGACCAGCCGUGUCUGGAGACGAUCAGCCGCAUUAAACUCUACAGCGAGUCUUUGGCACGUUACGGGAAAAGCCCAUACCUCUACCCUCUGUACGGACUCGGAGAACUGCCUCAGGGAUUUGCCAGGUUGAGUGCGAUUUACGGAGGAACCUACAUGCUGAACAAGCCCGUGGACGAGAUCGUGAUGGAGAGCGGACGUGUGGUGGGGGUGAAGUCCGAGGGGGAGGUUGCUCGCUGUAAGCAGCUGAUCUGUGACCCGAGCUACGUUCAGGACCGAGUGCGCAAAGCGGGCCGUGUGAUCCGGGUCAUCUGCGUCCUCAGCCAUCCCAUCAAGAACACCAACGACGCCAACUCCUGCCAGAUCAUCAUCCCGCAGAACCAAGUGAACCGCAACUCGGAUAUUUACGUGUGUAUGAUCUCGUACGCUCAUAACGUGGCUGCGCAGGGGAAAUACAUCGCCAUCGCCAGCACCACGGUGGAGACGGGCGACCCCGAGGCUGAGAUCCAGCCCGCUCUCGAGCUGCUCGAGCCCAUCGACCAGAAGUUUGUGGCCAUCAGUGAUCUGUAUGAACCUUCAGACGAUGGAACCGAGAGUCAGGUCUUCUGCUCUCGAGCGUACGACGCCACCACACACUUCGAAACCACCUGCAACGACAUCAAGGACAUCUACAAGCGCAUGACGGGGACUGACUUCGACUUCGAGAACAUGAAGCGCAAACAGAAUGACGUGUUCGGGGAGGACCAGCAGUGAGAGAGGAGCGGGUGUGUGUGAGGGGUGAAGGGUCAAACUUUAGGGGCGGGGCAAAGAGGGGGAGAAAGUCAUUACUGGGGAAUAUGAAGGAAUGAGAGACAGAGGGAGGUGGAGUUAGAACCUGUGUGAAUGAUGGGACCUGAUAACUUCCCGGAACACACACACACACACACACACACACACACACACACUGCUUUUCUCUCUUCUCUCCAUUCUUUCCUCUUGUCUUUAUGUCCUGCAUCUGGUUAGUUGUGUACAGUGGUGACUGGAUAACUUAGGCAUUAAUGUGUGUGUGUGUGUGUGUGUGUGUGUGUAGUUAAAACUUAACCUUAUUGUUUUUAAGCUCCAGCUAAACAUUAAAUAAAGGACUAACACUUUAUUCCACCGCUAGUCUUAGACUCUUAACACUUCUGUAACACUCUGUUCUGCGUGAUGCACGUGUUAUAAACGUGUUAUAAACACUGCGAAGCUUUAUAGCGUUUCAGUUGCAUGAAAAUCUAAACAGAUGAACCUGAAUCAGUUCAACACUUACGUCAGAUUUUUUUAACACCAUCAGCCUUCACAUUCUGUAAUAAUAUUAUUCACACAUGGCGACGUUCCCUCCUAAAGACCUCACAACAUUCUGAUGCUGUUUGACACAUCACAUCCCAUCACAUCCCAUCACAAAACAUCACGUCAUGUCACGUCGCGUCACAUCCCAUCCCCUCUUAUCCCAUCGCAUCACCUCUCGUCACGUCACAUCUCCUUUAUGUGGCUUUACUGUGAGAGAGACUGCGAUCAGAGACAGGACACAGUGGGGUCGGAUCACAAACAAAACAGGAAGUGAGACAGGAAGCAGAAUGACAUUUUGGCGGGAGUGUAAUGGAUACAGAUCGGAUAUGGACGAGGGUUCAUUCGGCUGCUGAUUGGACACGAUGAAGGUUGUGUGUGGUGAAGUCAUGAUUUUAUAAACGCUCAUUAUCUGUGAGCCGUGUGUUAAUGAACUGAUUCAGGAGGCAGAAGAGACGCUGCUGUCGUUCUGAUGUUUUUAUUCUCUGUGAGUUCCAGCGUUUGUAAGAGGUUAUUAGAUCAUCUCAGCUUCUCAGCUCCCAGAAACGGUUCUUCUCAGAAGCCCUGUAGAAACACAGUGUUGGGUCGUUCUGCACAGACCCUCGGGGGUUCCUCUACAGGGAUCAGAACUCAUAACACCGUGUGACGUUUAAUAAUCAGACGCAAACUCGGGACCAUGACGUCAGCGUUACUUAUCCGUUCUGAUGUUUUUAUUCUCUGUGAGUUAAAGGACGAACGACAGAUGGAAACUGUGCAAUAUUAAUCAUUACACUAAUAACCUGCUUAUUAACCCUUAUAUUAACCGAGCAUGUAGUGAUGCUAAGCGUGUGUGUGUGUGUGUGUGUGUGUGGUCUCUCGUUAGUGUGUAGGUCAAAAUCACUUCUGAACUUUAUUUCAGCUCUUUUCAUCAAUUCUGUCUUUUAAUAUCAUAAGGAGCGCGUGUGCCGCUGUAUAAUAACUGAAAACAGUAAAACAAAAACAGUAAACAAAUCAGUUAUUAAUGUUUAUUUGUUUAUAAACAAAAACCUGAAUUUGGGCUGAAAUAGAAACAAACUCUGACAUCAUGAUAUGAUUAUUCAAACAUAAGGGAAACGUCUACAGAGAAAACGCUAAUAAAUCAGAAAUAAAUCAGUAAAGUGGACACACACACAUACACACACACACACACACACACACACACACACUGCUUUUAUUUCAUAUCAAAUGAAUAAAGCAUGUAUGUGCUUUUUUGCAGCAUCUCACAUACAAAAUGAUUGUUUUUAUUUAUUUUAUUUAAACCUUGGAUGUGUGUGUGUGUUUGUGUCUGUGUGUGUGUGUGUGUGGGUCUGUGUUAUCUCGUGUUUGGUCGAGCAGGACACAAAAAAAUCGACAUUGACUCGAUCUUUAACCUGUGUGUGUGUGUGUGUGUGUGUGUGUGUGUGUGUGUGUGUGUGUGUGAAUGUGUAGUUAAUGUCCUGUUAGAAACCCAGUCGAUUAUAAACCUGUAUGAAUUUAAUUAUGUGGAACAAUAAAGGCACGUGA